AUGGGAUCAGAGACGUUUGUGGAAGUUAUACUUGCAAUUCUGCUACCUCCUGUUGGUGUUUUUCUUCGUUAUGGUUGCGGGGUUGAAUUCUGGAUUUGUUUACUAUUGACGAUAUUGGGUUAUAUUCCGGGAAUAAUAUAUGCUUUGUAUGUGCUUGUUGCUUAA